GAGAGCAACCCGGCCAUCAUGCAGAGAUGGCAUUGAUUGUCAUGACUCGAGUCAAUCUUCGAAUCUUCGGUUGUAAAACUGCGCUGGUUCAUCCCUUUCCGUUCUGCACCAGCUGGUCCAUGAGUCGUCAUAUUUCGGCUGUUGGUUAUCUCCUUGGACACUAUGGAUGACUAGUCAAAGAUUCAAGAGCAUGGCGUGCUCGGACUCGACCGGUCAAGGAUGUCAAACACCGAGUCACGGUCCCCUUGUUAUCGGUGACGGGAAAUUACGGUCAUCAGUCCGAUGUGCGAUGAGGCACCGACUCGUGUGAUAGAUGUUUCCAUGAUACGACACGAUGGGACAGAGGUCUUCAAGCCCCAAGAAGCGUUCGGUCUGUGGGCUAUACCUUGUCACGGAGAAUGCGCUGGCCAGGUUGUCUGUCAGGCAAACUGAGCUUCAUACAUGCGACUACCAAACAACAGCCCGACCGACUAGCCGUCUCUUCACCCUCCUGGUUACCCAGAGGAUAGCGAUAUGGCCUCAUCCUGUCACAGAACUCGAUCACAGGGGGUCUUCCUACAGCCAUCGUAUCAUGAAGCUGUCAAACUUGUCGUGGAGAUACCGCCGCACCCUGGAGUACUUAAAGCCCACGUCGUACACUCCUUCUGUUCCUUUCCUCUUUCUCUUCAUCGCGAACAAGAUCAGCUCAGCAAGCAUUCUCUCGACCACUCGUCACUAUCCGCAUUAUCGCUUUCAGGGUAUCCGCCCUCAGCCCUUACACUCCUUCAUCGGCAGUCCUCUCGCCUUGGGAGACCGCCGACAACGAACCUCAACCGUGGCCUCUCCUCAUAUCGAAGAGUGGGAAGCUACUGUAGAUUUGCCCUACCCGGCCGUCAAGUGCGUUAUCACUCAAGUUACCCACGCAUCCCCUGACCAGCGCUGUUGGGCUGUCCUGGUACUUGGUGCUUUCUACGACGCCAACGACCGUAUCCUCUGGCAGACCGAGAUCUUCCUCGGGGACAAAGCCGAAGACUCUGAAGAGACCUACGAAGAUUCUUACAGUGUCAGUGAUACUGAAGAGGACCAAACAAUUUCUCAGAUCCUUAACCAGUACGAUAACGAGCACGACAACGACUUUGACGACGCUCAUAGCGAAACAGGAAGCGAAGAUUCUGACUUCGACUACCUCCGUCAGCGUGCACGAAUUCUAGCCAGAAUUAACGAGUCCGCUGCCCAACAAGAUCACUGGGCUCACAACUCGUCAUACCCUGUCCCAUCUAGACUUUGGGACCCUAUUCAACAGACUUGGGUCGACGUUUACCCACAAGGCAACUACUAAGCACAUCUAUCAAGAUGUCUUUCGUUCUCGGCGGUGGCUCCAACCCGGCAUUCGGCCGUGACCCCGGCCCGCCCCCUCCCCGCACUCCU